AUGAGGAACUCCAGAUUAAACUGGACCCAGGCCCAACCAAAAGUCGCAGUGUUGUACCAAGCAAUUGAGCCCCCAGUGAUCAACGGAGUCCGCAAGCCGCGGAAGCCAGGUGGAUAUCAAGACUCAGGUGCAGACAUUGCAUUUACAUUGCAGGCCCGAGGAAUCGACGUCCUUACACCCCAGCCCUCUCCCGCGGGCGACGAGGGAUGGUGUUUUCCUGAUUCCGAUCAGGGGAUCUACUCCGCUGUAUCACAGGGGGCCACUCAUCUAUGGGCCAACACCAUUGUUUUCUCUUCCCACCCACUCCAGACGGCAACGUCUUUGGAUUCCUAUGCCCCGACAUUACGGGUAGUAGGCCAGCCGCCGGGUCUAGUCGAGAAGUUCGACGACAAAUUGUACCUCAAUAAUAAGCUUCGCGAUCGCGGAGGGUUCACCUUGCCGCGAUCAUGGGAAGUCAAAUUAGGAGACGAUCUGGAAGCCUUGAUCCGGACGAUCCCAGACUUUCCCAUUGUCGGCAAACCAGUUCGAGGACGCGGCAGCCACGGCGUCAAAGUUUGUCACGACGCAUCCGAGCUGAAAGAACAUAUCGAAAGUCUCUUUGCAGAAUCACCCGUUGUAUUACUGGAAGAGUUCUUGGGUGGUGAAGAAGCAACCAUAACGGUGAUGCCUCCAUCGCCCGACCGGGCGCAAUACUGGAGCAUGCCGCCUGUAACAAGGUUCAAUCACCAAGGAGGCAUUGCGCCGUACAAUGGGACAGUCGCCGUGACGGCCAACUCACGCGUGAUAUCCGAGGAGGAAAUGCGCGAUGUGACAUACAGUGAGGUGAUGCGUCAAUGUGAAGGUGUAGCCAGUCUCAUUAGGGCUACGGCUCCCAUCCGCAUUGACGUCCGACGGUUCCGGCCCGAGUCCAAGUUUGCUAUUUUUGACAUUAACAUGAAACCUAACAUGACUGGUCCUGGUCGGCCAGGUCGGGAGGACCAGGCUAGUCUCACUGCUAUGGCCGCAGCGGGAUGUGGAUGGGACUACCCGACGUUAUUGGAGCAUAUUUUGAAUGGCGCCUCGACUUUGAAGGCUUUCCGUGAGUAUGAAAGCCCUUUGUAG